AUGAGCACUUGGAGGGGCGAAGACCAAUCCCCGAUCGGUGUUGUUCCUUCCUUACCACAAACCUCUAUGGCUCAUUCAUUAUCUGCGGAAAUAGCUUCACCCGUAACAUCACCAAAGGCGACAUCUUCCGAAGGAUUAAGUGAUAAAUUGGUAUUUAUUCAUUUACCAUUCGAACAAUAUUCUCGGCUACCUGUGCGGCCAGGAGAAUCUGCACGAGACGCGAUUUCUAAAUUAUUAAGAAAACGGGAUAUCACACCCCAGUUAUGUCAUGUAAAUGUGUCUGCAGAUCCUCGGAGCGAACAGAUUGAUCUUCAGGAAGAUUUGGAGAAAAUUGUUUCUCGUCUAGACAAAAAUGAAUUAUGGGUUCAUAGUGAGUAUUUGAACACUGUUAAAUCUAUAGAACAUCAAAUGGUACGUAAAACUUUUAUACCUCCAGUUACAUGUGAUAAAUGCAAAGGCCCAAUCUGGUUUGUUGGGUUUCGUUGCGAAUUUUGUCAAGUUAAAUUUCAUCAAAGAUGUUCAUCUUUCGCUCCAUUAUAUUGUGAUCUUAUUCAAAAUGUUCCCAGAGAUGAAGUGUUAGCUCAAAGGUUAAUGAAAUUCGCUUCGGAAAUGGGAGGUAGUAAUGGGGAAAUGGCAGAAAGUGUUUUAUCUCGGCUACAGCCAAAUUCAAGUCCAGUUCACACCCCUGAUAGUAGUCAACCCGAUCUCCUUUUAAAAAGAGGGCAAUGUAUAAAGCGUCACCAAGGUCAUCAUGCACCAGCGAAGGAUGUAGGUGGACCUCUAGGUCCUGCUGGACCUUAUUCCCGGGACAGAUCUUCGUCUGUACCAAAUAUUAACUCCAUUAAAGAUGAAGCUGUUCUCGAACACAACCAACGAGUUUUGGAUGCCCUCGAAGCUCAACGACAAGGUGACUUUCUGCGUUUUAUUUUUUCUUUAUCUGUUCCGAAUGCUAAUUUACUUACCAUUGUCCGUUAUUCAGCCGAUGAGCCCAUCCACUCAGGUAAAAUAAAGGGACGAUCAGCUUUUAACAGUGGUCAAUUAAUCAAUGGCCGUCGACUUACUAACCGUUUGUGUCCUCUGCCUGAUAUUUCUCCAUUUGGGUCUCAGUCUGUCUCAAGUACAUGUUCAUCACCACCUAACCAUCCACAAAGUGCAGCACAGCUACUACCGCCUGCCCUACCACUUACACCACCCCAAAGUGCUCCCCCUCAAAAGAUAUCUCCUGGAUUCUUCCGAGGACGAAGUCGAUCACCUGGUGAGCGAUUAGAACCUCAAAGAACACGCGUUUUAACAGGACAGUCCGACGUUGAGGAAUGGGAGAUUGAUCCGCGUUCUGUUACACAAAUAUGCAAAGUAGGAUCAGGUUCCUUCGGAACUGUAUUUAAAGGGACUUAUUUCGGAGCAGCUGCUAUUAAGCAAUUGAAUGUUGGAGAGCCAACAGUACAGCAGUUACAAGCCUUCAAAAAUGAGGUGGCAUUGUUGAGAAAAACGCGACAUCAAAACGUUUUACUUUUUAUGGGCUUUGUAAAACCGCCCAACCUAGCUAUAGUAACACAGUGGUGUGAAGGAAGCAGUUUGUACAAACACAUACAUGUGAUUGAACCGCGAGUAGAGUUCAAAAUGUCUGUGAUUGUUGAUAUCUUGAAACAGAUAACUCUCGGAAUGGAUUAUUUACAUUCGAAAAACAUAAUUCAUAGAGAUUUGAAAACAAAUAAUAUUUUCCUAAUGGACGAUAUGAGCACUGUAAAAAUCGGCGACUUCGGUUUGGCUACCGUUAAAACAAGAUGGAAUGGGGGCCAACAGAAUCAGCAACCUACGGGUAGUAUUCUGUGGAUGGCUCCUGAAGUCAUACGCAUGCAGGAUCCUAAUCCUUAUACAACUCUCUCCGAUGUUUACGCUUUUGGAAUUGUCAUGUACGAGAUGCUUUCUGGCUCAUUACCGUAUUCAGACAUAAAUAAUCGUGAUAGAAUUUUGUUCUGUGUUGGACGUGGUUACUUGGUCCCUAAUAUCGAACUAUGUCGUAAAGAUACGCCCAAACUGUUGCUAGCUCUGUAUCAAGGAUGCAUUAAAUUUAACAGAGAUGAGCGUCCAGAGUUCCGAGAGAUUCUGGACCGUCUUCAAAGCAUCCCUCUGCCUAAAUUGGAACGAUCUCGAUCGGAGCCGUGCCUACAUCAUGGCCCAUCAGGAGAUGACAUUGGUUCAGCCAGAGGAAAUCAUAACUUAUGGGAAUAUAUAACGGAGUAA